AUCAGAAGAGAAGACCAGAUGGCUUUCGCUGCGUUCCUCGUCGUCUCUUACGCCUUAUGCUUUAACUCUGUCCUGAUCGCUUUCGCAGACAACGAUCUUGUCGCUGACUGGCGCCAUCUGUUUUCUGGUCUCCCGGAGUUCAGCAGCAGCGUAAAUGAUGACUGGACAAAAGAUGUCAGUCAUCUUCUCGAGACCAAUUACAAGAUCCUAGAGGACGCCAAUCACGAUGCAAUUACAACACAAGACGCUACAUUAGCAACUGGUGACUCGAAAUUAGACAGUUCGGAGGAAAGAAAGAGAACUAAAGACAACAAAGAAUUUAAUAAAAAACAUAAUGUGUUGCACUACAUUUUUCCUGUAUUGGAAACGAACCCCAAAGUGAUAGGACCAACUGAUUUAAGCUCACAAAAGCCAGAUCACACUCCUACGCUGUUACUGAAGAAUAGCUCAUACCACAAUGGAGAGGAAAAAGUUAAAUCCGAAUACGGUAUUCUCACAAUACUGCUUCCGUUUAGGAUAGAAAAAUAUGCUGAAAAGAAUGGAAAACUCAAUCACGACAAGGGUGGUACUUCUGCAGCUCUCGACGAUGACCAAGGUAUGGAGGACAGAGGUCUAGAGCUAAAGAAAGAAAAGUUCAGGUCAUUCAGGAGAAAGAGAGAUGUUUCGAACGAUGAAAGUGAAACAAUGGAGUCACGGCUAUUAUCUGCGGAUAAUGAGGAUGAAGAUGAAAAGUCCGUCUCUGACGAAUCUGAAAAGUGGAGUAGUCCAGAGAAGAAAGAAAAGAGGGACACUGGAAGCCUCUCAGUCGAAAUCACUACACCUAAUCCUAAAGCUAACGUUUCUAAUAACCUCAAUUACACCAGUGGGAGGUCAGAAAACAACACCGAUGACUCGAAUAAGAUAGCGAUUUCUCGAAACCUGGACAUGCAAGUGACGACUUCAUUACCGCCGUGCACGACCACCAAAAAUGGAAGCACAGAGUGCGGAAACAAACACGAGGAACCGAGAGAGGCAACAGAGUUGAGCGUGAAGUACUUAGGGGAAACUACUGACGGAACAGAUGGACCGAUGAGAGUCGAGGACGACUUUGCCUACGUUACAGAUACCCCAGAAAUUCAUUUGAGCGGAGACAGAGACACUGUAUCUGGUGAGAUUGUAUCAGACUCAGGAAAAAUUAUUACUCUACACUGGACUCUCAGAUUUGAGCCAGAAGACAGCUCUUCUGAGAGUGGGGAGCACCCUCACCCUCCAGCUGAUGACGGACGUGACGUGUUCGAACAAAAUGUAUACGUGGAUCACGAUGUUAGUCCUGGAUACGGACAUACGUCAGAUUUUCCCGAGCACACGAGAAUUGAAGGAGACUAUUCAGAAUAUUUAGACCAGCUGCCCCUGCCAUCUGUGGCGGCCCAAGUGUUUCCAUACAUGCAAAGUGCAGGGCCACCCUCAGUUGGGGAAUACCCAUCUACAGACCAAGUUAUAGUUCCUGUUGUGGAAUCGCAUUACCCGCCGCCGAUUUCAGAGGCGCUUGAGCACGAGUUGGAGUCACAGUCUGGAGUAGUUCUCCCAGACGAUGAACUGACGGAUGGCCUAGUUGACAUGGAGUCAGAACAUAGAAUGCCCUUUGUUGAUGCAUCAGAAGAAGAACCACUUCAUCCCGAUACUACGUAUAUUCCGUCAUCGCUGGAAGAGUCAGUUGAGAUGGAGCCCGGCCUUCCAGCGUCGUUUGCGGUCACAUCAGUAGAAGAACCACUUGAUUCUGAUACCAUGUAUAUCCCGUCAUCACUGGAAGAGCCAAUUGAGAUGGAGCCCGGACUUCCAGCGUCGUUUCCGGACGCAUCAGUAGAAGAACCACUUGAUCCUGAUACCGCUUAUAUUCCGUCAUUGCUGGAAGAGCCAGUUGAGAUGGAGCCUGGAAUUCCAGUGUCGUUUGCGGGCGCAUCAGUAGAAGAACCACUUGAUCCUGAUACCGUUUAUAUUCCGUCAUUGCUGGAAGAGCCAGUUGAGAUGGAGCCUGGAAUUCCAGUGUCGUUUGCGGACGCAUCAGUAGAAGAACCACUUGAUCCUGAUACCGCGUAUAUUCCGUCAUUGCUGGAAGAGCCAGUUGAGAUGGAGCCUGGAAUUCCAGUGUCGUUUGUGGACGCAUCAGUAGAAGAACCACUUGAUCCUGAUACGUUGUACAUCCCGUCAUCACUAGACGGGCCAGUUGACAUGGUGCCCGGACUUUCAGUGUCAUUUACGGACGCGUCAGAAGAAGUACUGUUUGAUCCUGAUGCGUUUUAUAUUCCGCCAUCGCUGGGUGAGCCAGUUGACAUAGGGCCCGUACUUCCGCUGUCAUUUACAGGCGCGUUUGUAGAAGAACCAUUUGCUCCUGAUACAUUGAAUAUUCCGUCAUCGCUGGGUGAGCCAGUUGACAUAGGGCCCGUACUUCCAGCGUCAGGAGAAAAACUAUUUGUUCCUGAUACAUUGUCACAUAUUCCAUCAUCGCUGGAUGAACCAGUUGACAUUGAGUCCGGAUUACCAGUGACGCUUGUGGACCUGCUCGCUGGCUUACCAUUCAGAAAUCCGUCAUCGCUGGAAAAACAAUCAAUGAUUAUCUAUGACGACAAUGGGCAGGGCGCGGAACUACAGCAAAUCAUCGAUGAGUCAACAGGCGGACAGUUUUAUCCUGCUGCAAUGUCGCUUGAAUAUUUACCUGCCUAUGAUGAAACUGGUCUAAAAAGCUACGUCGAAAAAGACCAUCGUGAUCUUAUCGACAGCGCGGCAGGAGUUCCUUGUCGAUGUAACGAAGUCGUCGCUCGCAAUUUCAACGAUCGACCCUGAGACUGAGAAAGACAACCCUCACUGUCGUGAUAACAGUCAUGGAUGGGUGGGCUGGAAAUGGAGAUACCUAGGAAAACUUAUACAGGACAUUCUACAUAGGAGUUUCCGAGCAGGGUCCGUCUUACUCUUAUACACGUGAGGCAUCCUAAUUCUUCGUCGAAAUCUAAAAUACGACCUCUAAGAAUUUUCUGUUUUUAAAAGUUCUCAGAUCGUCGAAGUUUAUUGAUAAACACGAAUUUAGUAAAUUUUUAUUGCUCCAACUAUAAAAGUUACAGCAUUUAUUUUUAACUUUCCCUCCCGUACCUUCCUCAAAGCAUUACAAGGAAAAAUAUCAACGAAACUGUCGAAUGUCACCCGCAUCAGUACAAGGAGUAUCCUCAGCGUUCAGGGGCUUCUUACA